AUGGAUAAUACCCUUUAAAGAAAAUAGCUUACAGUAUAUUAGAAGCGGCUGACAACAUUAAUCCAGAUGUUAAAGUAUUAUGAAUAUCUAUUUGUGGCAAAACAAAAAAUAAAACAACCUCCUAUCGCUGACAAAGAUGCUACUAUUCCUGAUAUAUUUUAUAUAUAUAUAGAGAUUAUCAAAGAAGGAAUACAGACCAAAGCUGUAAACCAUAUCAUUAGCCUCUAAAAAAUUUGA